AUGCAGGUUUUGGAACAGGGAAUGUUUGAUAAAGAAAGGAUUGGUAAAUUGAAGAAGGGGGUUUUGAUUGUUAACAAUGCUCGAGGUGCUAUUAUGGAUACACAAGCUGUUGUUGAUGGGUGUAAUAGUGGACACAUUGGAGGGUAUAGUGGAGAUGUUUGGUAUCCCCAACCAGCUCCAAAGGAUCAUCCAUGGAGAUACAUGCCAAAUCAAGCAAUGACACCUCACAUUUCUGGAACAACUAUUGAUGCACAUUUGCGAUAUGCUGCUCGAGUGAGCAACAAGAGAGAAAGAUAUUUGAGCAGGUACAUUAAUGAUGCUACGGGUGCUAUAUAUGGAAUAUUAAAGGAGGCAUCACAGUUGCAUGGAAAUGCAAAUAAGAAGAAAGACAUGGAGAUAAAGGAUGAAGAUGCUGAACUACUUCAGAACGUCUCCGAUCGUGUGAUAACAAAACAGAUCCUAAGUGAAAAGCUUGCUCAGCAUGUUGAACAAUUAGGGUUUUGGGACGUUUGGAUCACUGAUUUGGAAUCGGGAAGACUGCUUCAUUGCAUUGCUUUUCUUGACAUGAAUUCAGGUUCUCUUUACUUUUUCUAUCUUUUGUAA